GUCAAGUCCUUAGCCCUGUCUCUCAUUCACAGAACCGCACAGCCGCGCUCCAGAGGCGGCGUGACUCUGCGCGGGCAAUGCUCGCACUGAACCGGUCCACGUCUGUCCCUUGGUCGCGGUGCAGAGUUGACAGGAGGUAAUCCCCACCAUGUGAGGGGGCGGCGUUGGUACAGAGGCGUGUUUUUGCUUUUCCCCUCUUUUUCCUUUUUUCAUGAUUCAGACGCGGCUCUACCUGCUAUAAAAAGAGUGUCCGAGCCUCACACUGGAGUUUCUCUCACAGAGAGGUGACAAGUGUCCGCUGCAGCGCAUGUCCGCCUGACACGGCUCCGGGCGCCUCCUCGGGAUGAUGCAUGACUCCGGGGGGGUCCAGAUCUCUGGUGGGGUCCAGAUCUCCGGUGGGGUCCAAAUGGCGCGAGCGUUGAAGCACGCGGCACUGUGCCUGAUGCUGUUGCCGCGCUUUCUGCUGGCCGCUGUGAUGCUGUGGCUGCUGGACUUCCUGUGCAUCCGGAGGAAAAUGCUGCUGAAGAUGGGCCAGGAGCAGGACGGCGCUGAUGACCCGCCCGUGUGCGUGUCGGACGAGAAUAAGAUGUUUACGGUGGAGUCGCUGCGGGCGGUUUGGUACGGACAGAAACUGGACUUUCUGAAAUCCGCGCACCUUGGACGAACUGCACCGAACACCGAAGUGGUGCUGGUGCACGAGCGCAGGCCGGUGCGGCUGCUGGACUGUAUGAAAGGGAAGAGACCGCUUAUCCUUAACUUCGGCAGCUGCUCCUGACCACCGUUCAUGAUGCGGCUGGCUGCCUUCCAGAAGAUUGUGCGCCAGUACGCGGACAUUGCGGACUUUCUGGUGGUGUAUAUCGAGGAGGCGCACCCGUCCGACGGCUGGGUGAGCACGGACGCACCGUACCAGAUCCCCAAGCACCGGUGCCUGGAGGACCGGCUGCGAGCGGCGCAGAUGAUGCUGUCCGAGGUGCCCGGCAGUAACAUCGUCGUGGAUAACAUGGACAACUCGUCCAACGCGGCGUACGGAGCCUACUUCGAGAGACUCUAUAUCGUGAGGGACGAGCAGGUGGUGUACCAGGGUGGCAGGGGCCCGGAGGGAUACCGCAUUUCCGAGCUGAGAAACUGGUUGGAGGAGUACAGGAACAAUGUGCUCCACUCGGCCGUGCUGCAUGUGUAGAGCCGCAUGUGGAUGUGCCCCGAGCCGCUCAGAAACCGCUCCGGAGCCGCUUUCACACAGGUGCCCUCCGGUCUCUGCCUCUGUACUUUUCUUUGUAAUGUCUAUGCAACAGCUACAGUCACGCUCCAUGCGAACAGCUGCUCUCCCGAAAAAAUCGAGACCCGGAGCCUCGUCUCCAUGGAAACUGUCACUUUGGCCCCCCUCUAAACGCGCCAUUAGGACAGGUCCAUCCUCGUGACGCAUGACGCACUUUGGCAAACCUUUUACCAGGCAUUCCCAUAUGUUUGACCAGUCUCAUACGUUUCACCGGUGUCAUUGUUAAGUGUUGGGGACUUGACCGGAGCGGCGCGUGUGAAGCCGGCUCCUCUCUUCUGUAAACCGCUUGUGUCCAAACCACGACUGCUGCUACAGUGUUCACCAUGGCACACUAUGACGAUGAUAUUUUUGUGGUCAAUAUAUUCCAGUCUGUAGCCUAAAGUGAAUGUGGCAAACUCUAGGCUGUAGGCUUCUAAUUUUGUGCUUGUCUUAAUUGCUCGCUCACAUAGCAGUUAUUUUUUGUAUUGAAAAGAUAUAUAUAUAUAUGGAUUUAAUGGAUUCUAUUACGUAGUGAUCACUAUAUUUUUCUACUGUACCGAAAAGUGUGUGUGGUAACAAGGCUGUGUGGGCAUGUACUGCAAAAACAAUGAAGCACAUGAGUGAAAUGACUUGAAUAAUUUGGACUUUUUGGUUAGACAUUUAGUUAUAGACAUACUUUUAAACAUGUUUCAGUUGGGUUUCUCGCAUACACUAAUGGCACAGAUCCAAAACAAGAUUUUUAAAAAGUCAUUUUACUGUGUAGAAGUAAUUGUUUUUGCAGUGUGCCAGUACCUCCGCUCUGGUGUCUUUUUGAAGUUCAGUUUUUAAAAGGCAAAUGCCAGAAAACUGUUACGGAUGUUUUCUCUGACACUGGAGUGGGCUCAGUAUGAGCACAGUGCCCCAGCAGCUUUGGAGAGAGAGAGGAAUAUACGACGAAAACCAGACUGCCAAAUGAUGUAACGCAUUUGAGUCCAUGUAAAAAUGAACAAACGUUUUUAAUAAAUGUCAGAACACAGUAUGGCA